AUGGUUUCAUGGUCCUGCUCGGAUGAGGGGACUGUUUGUCUUAAUGUUGAUGGAAGCAUGUUGGGAUCAACUCAAGCUGCAGGUUUCGGAGGUCUCAAAAGAAAUCAUUUUGGAGCUUUUUUGAAAGGCUUUUAUGGUACUGCGUCACAGUCAAGUGUUCUCUAUGCCGAGAUCAUGGCCGUUCUUCAUGGCCUUGAAUUAUGUUGGGUGAAUGGCUUCAGGAAUAUAGCUUGCUACUUUGACUCCUUGCAAGUCGUUGCUUUGAUUAGAGAUGGUGUCUCGCUGUUUCAUAAAUUUGCAAAUGAGAUCCAAAGCAUUCAUCAUCUAUUGAGUAGAGAUUGGAACGUUGUUGUUGAUCACACCCUUCGGGAAGGGAAUGUCUGUGCAGAUGUUUUGGCCAAGAUGGGAGCGUCUGCGAACUCGUCUUUGGUGGUUUUAGAUGAACCUCCCUCUCAGUUGUCGAGCGCGCUUUGCGCUGAUGCCUGUGAAGAGCUUCUUGAAAAAUCUGCAGCUGAUCUACAACCAAAGGUGCCUGUUCUUCAACCAAAGCUCUUGCUAAGCUGUCCUUCAGAAGAUACACCAAAUCCAAAUCCCGUUGUCCAAUCACAGUCUUGA